AUGUUGACCGGCUGGCAGCUAAUACUUUCCAAGUUAUUCGUGAUACCGCAGCGAUGGGUGAUGGCUAUCAUGGGGUUCCUGGCAGUGGCCAACGCGUACACCAUGCGUGUCUGUCUGAACAUCGCCAUAACACAGAUGGUGAGGCGGCACGCGCCUACUGUGGCGUAUCAAGACGGCUCCUGUCCUGGGGAUGUGAAUGAAAUCGUUGCUGACCCUACGGAAAUAAACGGAUACGACUGGGAUGAGGAGACGCAAGGCAUUAUCCUCAGUGCCUUCUACUACGGGUACAUUGUCACGCACUUGCCCGGCGGCAUGCUGGCAGAACGUUUUGGUGGAAAAUAUUCACUCGGUUUUGGAGUGUUGAGUACCGCUGUUUUUACGCUUUUUACGCCAUGGGCCGUGAGCGUGGGUGGGGCUACUGGACUUAUUAUUUUGCGAGUACUCGAAGGACUUGGAGAAGGUACAACAUUCCCAGCUUUAAACGCGAUGUUGGCUCGAUGGGCGCCUGUGUCCGAGAGAGGACGAAUGGGUUCAUUAGUGUUUGGAGGAGCACAAAUCGGCAAUAUUGCAGGAACAUAUUUCUCAGGAUUGGUAAUUAAAGAGACAGGAGAGUGGCAGUCAGUUUUCUAUCUGUUUGGCAGCAUCGGUAUACUGUGGUUCAUCUUAUGGGCACUUUUAUGUUAUAACGAUCCUGAAUCUCAUCCUUACAUUUCUGAUAAAGAAAAGAAAUACCUCGAAGAAGCUUUGGGCAGGCAUCAAAACACUCAGCCGUCAGCCAUUCCGUGGAAAGCUAUUGUUAUGUCCGUUCCCCUUUGGGCUUUAGUUUGCGCACAGAUUGGCCAUGACUACGGAUACUUCACAAUGGUGACAGAUCUUCCUAAAUACAUGACUGGAGUACUCAAAUUCGACAUUCACCGUACUGGGACGCUCGCUGCUUUACCUUAUGCUGUUAUGUGGAUCAGCUCCAUUCUAUUUGGUUGGAUGUGCGACAAAAUUGUUAAGAGGAAAUGGAUGACGGUCACGAACGCUAGAAAGACUUUUACAACUAUGGCAUCCGUUGGUCCUGGAAUUUGCAUGAUAUUGGCUUCAUACUCGGGAUGCAACACAGAUACUGUUGUUAUCUUGUUUACUGCGUCUAUGGGAUUGAUGGGAGCAUUCUACCCUGGGAUGAAGGUGAACGCUUUGGAUUUAAGUAGCAACUUUGCUGGCACGAUUAUGGCGAUUGUGAAUGGAAUAGGAGCGAUUACAGGCAUAAUUGCACCGUUUUUAGUGGGACUGUUAACACCUGACAGUACGUUAACACAAUGGCGAUUAGUAUUUUGGAUUACAUUAGCAGUUUUUAUAGUAACAAAUUUAGUAUUCGUAGCGUGGGCUUCAGGUGAUGAGCAAUGGUGGAAUUCUAUAUCCACAGACCCAAAGCAACAGGAAGUUGAGGCUACGGCAAACGAGUCAGUAAAUACCGAAGCCAAAUUG